AUGGCUAUAGAGAGCAUGGAAAAUGGUGAUUAUCUUCUAAAAUGUUUGCCAGCUAGAAACAUUAUAUAAUGGAAAUUCUUUUUAUGUCAGUCCCUUAGAUGUCUAGUCAAAUGUAUUCUCCCUGGUUGAGACAACGUUACGUAAAAAACUGAGAGUUGUGUAUUCCCAUAAAAAGCAUACACUAUAUUCAAUGAAAACAUUACUAUGCACUUUAUCUUUUUCUACCUGGAAUGGGGUGAGAUAACAUUAAUAUGUUGCCCUUCUUCCUCUUGAGCAGUCGAAAACUAACCACAUAAAAACUUGCAGUAUAAGCUUAGAGCUUAUUGAACACAGUCUGUUAAAAUCUUUUGUUUUUGUUAUUUUAACUGUCUGGUUCCCUUAUUUUGCCAAUGCCAAUGUUUUUUUUUAUGUCAGGUAAACCAUUCCAUUUUUGAGGCUGCGGUUGGUCCAGAAAAAAAGAAGUGUCAUGGUCAAAAGAUGACAUGGCCUGGAUUUUCACCAUGAAUGACUUGUUCAACAAAAUGUUUGGCAAGGAUGCUCUUUCUUAUGAAUUUGACAAAGGCUUAAAACGAGUGGUAAUAUCACCCGACUGUUUACCUAUCUAUCAAUAUGAUCAUGCACUGUGGGAGCAGCUCUUUCCUACAGUUUUGACCAGUUUUACUUCCUUGCUGGAACAGCAACAAAGUCCUCAAUCCAUUCCAGCUAGCAGCCCAGCUUCCAGCAACACUGGCCCAGUCAGCAGCUCUUCCACAAGCCUCUCAUCAAGCCCCGCCACUAGCCCUUCAAAUUCCAGUUGCAGCCCUUUGUCCAGUAUCACAGUGGAUACUAAAACUGCCUUUGUUCCUCAACCAUCAGAACCUUUGUUUAUUCAUGAUUUACGAAUUAGUGCUGCAAAUAAUUGUUCCAGAGGCCAACUUGCUACCCUUAAUCUUCCGCCUGUAAUUCAAAUUCCAGACGAUGACAUCGAGCUGGUUGUUGAUCCUGGGCAUCUUAACAAUCCUCUGCAGUCCCCAGUCAGGCCCUCAGAAUCAGCGAUCACUAAGGGUUAUAGACUGAUGGAUGCGGCAACUGGAGAAACCAGUGAUGAUGAGGAUUUCGAUGCUGCAGUCAAGUUUGGAGAUCUUGGGGUCUUUGACAGCAGAGCUCUAGACAUUUGGAUGAAAGCAUCAAAAGAUUCCUCCAUUAAGUUUAGAGUCCAAGAAGAGGAAUAUUGGAUGAAAACUACAAGCACCACAUUAACCCCUCAUCAAAUUAAUGAAAUUAGGGCUUUCCUUUUUGACAGUGAACCUCAAGAAGAAAUCUUUAGAGUUGGUGGUGUCAUGGUUGAUGCUGAAGACCUUUCAACCUUAGCUGCUGAGAGGUUCAUUAGUGGCUUUUUGAUUGAUGCU